AUGGUUGUAACCAGGAAGCUUAAGUACGAUGUCCCCCUCCUGAGCAUGGGCGGGGUCGCCAUUGGCAUGUCAGAGGAAAUAAAGAUACUGGGGCUCACUGUGGAUCACAAGCUCACAUUUAACACCCAUGUCGCAAAUGUCUGUAAGAAGGCCAUUAAUAUCUAUAAACAGUUGGCCAGAGCGGCAAAGGUGAGCUGGGGUCUACACCCCGAGGUGAUCCGCAGCAUCUACACGGCGGCGGUGGAACCGGUGAUUCUGUACGCGGCUAGCGCCUGGGCGCCAGCAGCCAAGAAAGUCGGUGUGCAGAAACUCCUAAAUUCGGUCCAGCGAGGGUUCGCUCAGAAACUGUGCGGAGCGUACCGCACCGUCUCACUGCAUUCGGCACUUGUGCUAGCGGGGUUGCUCCCGCUCGACCUCAGGAUUCAGGAAGCAGCAGCGCUAUAUGAAAAGAAAAAGGGAGUAACUUCGCUGGCCGGUCGUGAGGUGGAACGAGUGGUAGCGUUCGCAGACACGCCACAUCCGGCGAAACAUACGGCCAUGGGGUUCGUGAGCUUGGUAGAUCAGUCUCAUGUGGAGUCCCACAACAGCCAGGACAUACGGUUCUUCACAGACGGCAGCAAGAUCGAGGGCAAGGUCGGAGCAGCACUCUCCCUUUGGGAUAGAGAGGCCGAGAUCAAGUCCUCGAAACUCAGUCUGCCGUCCUGCUGUACUGUCUACCAGGCAGAACUCCUGGCCAUAUGCGUAGCCACUAGGCAAAUACUGCGGCGCCGGGAGGGCACUUUUGGCAUAUACAGUGACUCGAAGGCAGCCCUGCAAACGGUCACCAACCAGAGUGCCCUCCACGCCCUGGCAGUGGAAGCAAGGGCGAACCUCAGUGUGGCUUUAUCCCAGGGCAAAGUUACAUCCUUGUUCUGGAUAAAGGCACACGCUGGACUGGAGGGAAAUGAGCGCGCCGACCACCUGGCCAAGGAAGCGGCCUUAAAGAACAAAACCAGGCCAGAUUACGACCUCUGCCCGGUUUCAUUCGUCAAGCGGCAGAUCCGAUUGGAGUCGCUGGGCGAAUGGAACCGGAGAUACGGAAACGGAGCGACAGCGGGGGUCACAAAGAUCUUCUUGCCGGACGCUGCGGACGCGUACAGGAUCGUCAGAAAAAUUCUGCCACGUGGGGUAAUAACACAAGUGCUGACUGGGCACGGCGGGUUCUCCGAAUACUUGCACCGCUUCAAGUGUAAGGAGAACCCAUCGUGCAUCUGCGACCCCAGUGCGAUCGAGUCUGUCCCCCAUAUCAUCUUAGAAUGCCCUAUCUUCUCGCGAGAACGGUGGACACUGGAACAGGAGUUAGACAUAGAGCUGAGCCUACAAAAUAUUAGCCACAUAAUGCACAAACGAAAAACAAGAGAAAAAUUCCUAGAGUAUGCCGAAACAGUUGCAAAUAAAAUAAUACGUAGGAAUAAAGAAGCCUGA